AUGCCAUACUUUGCAUUCGUGCUUAUUCUGGUUGCUCUCACAGCUUCCGAAAAUAUUUCGGGCUGUGCGGGAAACGUUCGAGUUUCUCGCGAGAUUAUUAAAGCCAUCGGAGAUACUCCCAAUUUGUCUGAUAUUGUUGUGUCUUUGAUCACUUCGGAAGGAAUUGUGCAAGAACAAACCGAGUGCAGUCCUCAGGGAUAUUUCUUUAUUCCUGUCUACGAUAUUGGAGACUACACGCUUUCCAUCUCCAAGAAGGACGGCUGGUAUGUCUCUCCCGACUCCUAUUCGAUCAGCAAGGACGAUGAUGACCAUCUCUCUGGUUGCGAAAGCAACUUGGAGUUUGAGAUCACCGGCUUCCUCGUCCGCGGCCACACCAGCAACAAGCACUCCUCCGUGCCUCCCCAGGGCCUCACCAUCAAGCUCCUCUCCAGCGACGGAUUCGUCCUUAAAACCGCGGAAACCGACUCCCGCGGGGAUUACGCCUUCCCCAACGUGGUGAGCGGGGAAUACGUGAUCGUGGCGGAGCAUCCGUCCUGGUCGCUCGACGAGCCUUCCCGCCAAGUGCUCUCCAUCGGCUUCGGUCCCGCGGAAAUCCGCACCGACUUCGUGGUUUCGGGCUACAGAAUCGCGGGGAAGAUCGAGAACCGCAGCGGCGUGUCCUCCUUCGAGGGCGUUUCGCUGCAGUUUACCCGCGAGGAUGGCUCGGUAGUGGGCACCGCCCAGCCGGAUCCCGCGGGGAUUUUCUCCCUCGCUUCGCUGACCGACGGAAUUUACUGGAUCAUUCCCGCGGUUGCGCCGGGCGCGCCGGAGUGGACGGUGGAGCCGUCGAAACUGUCGGUGCGAGUCCGCGGGGAUUCGGUGGAUUUGGGAACAGUGUUCCAGAUCACGGGGUUCAAUCUCCGCGGGAAAGUGGUGGAUGAGCGCGGAAUUCCCGUGGAACACGCGAAGAUCGGCGUGGACUCGCGGGAAACGGAGGUGGAAACGGGGAAAGAUGGAACCUACGUGUUGGCGGGAAUGAAGAGCCGGCUAACCGCGGGGAACAAUUGA